UAAAUAAAAUCAAACCUGUACAGACCCCUUCUCCAGCUUUAGGGUUUGGUCAUGGAGUAAGUGCCCUUUGUGCGACCGAUAAAAUUGGGUAGCAGAGCUUUACUGGUGGAGGAGCUUUAGGGCUUAGGCUUAGGCUGUGGAGGAGCUUCGCUGGGGGUGGCGUUGCUUUGCUGGUGGUUGUGGUGAUAGGGUUCGGUUGGCCGUGGAGGAGCUUCGCUCCAUGACAUCACUAGGGAUGACAUCUCUUUGUUAGUGGUUGCGGCUUUAGGGUUCGGUCGGUUAUGGAGGAGCUUCGCUGGUGAUGGAUCUCUGCUUCGUGCGCCUGUGGAGGACCUGCAGCCAUGGGUGGAGGAGAUUUGAGCUUCAAGCAUACCUUCUACAUAAAAGAGAAAUCGGAGGAGAUCUGAGCCUUUCGAGCACAGUUUCAAGCACAGCUUAGGGUUUUAGUCAGAGGAGGGAGCUAAACAGAGAGAGAAGGCCCAAGGCCUUUUUCUACGUAGAAUAUAAUAACUAAUUCCUUGAGCCUUUCAUGCAUUUAGUUCUUGGAGCAUAUCAUUUCUCAUAUUUUUUUAUAGGUCUUGGAAUAGAUGGGGAGGGGCACAAAUUAAAGACACCAAUUUGACACACAACACCAGCCAAUGACAAGAAAGGGGUGCUUGGCAGAUCCAGAUUUGAAGUCAUCUAUUUUUGCGAUCCGUUAGCAAGUAUAGGUCGAGUGGCAAUUCAAUCCCAAACUCAAAAACACACUAGUAGAUCCGGUACAUAACCUGCCGAAGUAAACAGAGCAUAAAACAUCAAAUACUGAGUGGAAAAAAUAAAGGGGAACUACAAGUGGCUGAUUGUGAUUGGAUUUUAUGGCUAGUGUAGUUGAAGGAGAAGUAUCCGAUCCCAUCUGGACAGCCUGAAUGGUUUUGGAUCGGAGGCAUCUGCGAUCGGGAAAAAGAAAUAUUGAUUAAUCUAGUAAAGAAGGGCGAAAAAAAUGAACCCCUCGCUGCCACACCCUCGCUUUUAUGCUUGCUCUCGUUGCUGCUCAAAUCUCUCCUCCGACUCGAACUCCCCCCGUCAUCGCUUCUACUAAACGCUCGAUCGAACGCCCUCACACGUCUCGCUCCCGCGCGAUUCGGCCCGCUCCGCGAGGAUGGGAGAGGAAUGCCCCGCCGCCGGUGCGGCUCCGAAGGCGGGGAAGAGGGCGAGGGACGACGGGGAUUUGAAGCGGGUCGCGGAGAUCGUGAUGGUUUUGUCAGCCAUAGGACAGGUGCGCGGUGGCAAGGAGCCGACGGCGGCCGAGAAGGCGCUGGUGGCGGAGGCGAGGGAGAGGCUUGUGGUGAUGUGCGAGGCCGUCAGGCCGAAGGAGCUCUUCUCCACGGAGGCAGUCAGGGUCGUGGCAGAGGAUCUGGGGCUGAACAGGUCCAAGGAUCCUGCUCUGGGAUUCCGGCCACCCAAGAUGUCCAUUGCAGAGAAGUUGAUGUUGACCAAGAAAAAGAUGGAAGAGUCCAAGGAAAUAAAUGAGCAUUCAUCAGUUCAUUCUCCUCUACGGUAUCCUGUAUCUGCUGGUGUAAAAUCUGAAUCUCGUGGUACUAUGGCAUAUGGUGCUUCUAGGUUUUCACAGGACAAGAGUUCUAUGCUAACAUCCUCUGGAGGCUUUUGUAGUUCUUUAGCUUCAUCUCAUGUUCCUGUUCUGGCUAGUGCUGCCCCUAAUUUGAAGCAGUCACAGAUUAAUGAUGUGCAAGCUGGUGCCAACACCAUAAAAUAUUCAUUUGGUUCGCUUGAUAGGGCUUUGCCUCCAGAACAUAAUGGGCCAGCUUAUCUGACUCGAGAUCAAGUUGAAAAUGUGCAUCAGAAAAUCCCAACCAUCUCUUCUAUGCAAUCACCAUCCAUUGAUGCGGUGGCAAGGUUUAGCCAACCAAACAAGAUGUUGGAUCAUACUUUAAUUAAGUAUGAGGGUAUUGCUGAUGUAAACACUAACCAAUCUGCGCUUCAGAUGAAAAACCAGGAAAUAAAGCCUUCUAUGGUUCAAGCAGGACAAAGAGGCCUGCAUAUUGCACAUCAACCUUCUCAAGGUUUGGCAUUUGUUCCUACACCUCUUUAUACCAAUCACAAUGACAUUACUAAGAGCGUGCAGAGGAUAUUGCAAUCAAAACUUCUGGAUCGUCCAAACUGGAUUCCUCCAUCAAGUGACUAUAUGAAUGCUUCUCUAAAUUGCCAGAUAUGCAAGAAUGUGAUUUCAGAUACAGAAAGUUUGCUCGUUUGUGAUGCUUGUGAGAAAGGAAACCAUUUGAAAUGUCUUCAAUCUUAUGGUAGCAAAGGCAUUCCUAAAGCAGAAUGGCAUUGCCCAAGCUGCUUGGCAUCAAGUAAUGGAAAGACCUUGCCACCCAAAUAUGGAAAGGUCACAAGAGCUCCUGUUGCAGCACCAAAAUCUGCUCCAAAUGCAAGCAUUAAUGCUGCUUUUAGGAAGACAGAAGAUUUGGAUCCAAAGAGUUGUCAACAGAAAGCAUUAUCCAAAAGAAAUCCUAAUGUGCCUCAACAUUCAAAUUCUUCAAAUUUUGGUGGCAGCCAUCAUGAGUCAAUUUCGGACUCAACAAGGAUCUGUGCAGAAAAGGAUUUAAUGACUAAUGGAGUUAAGAGAGAUAAUGUAACUUGCAAUGCAAUAGGAGGUAAUCAUUUAGAGGAAAUAAAUGGUUCUGUAUGUACUAAUUCUGAUAAACCUUGUGAGGAUCACAACCAUAUCAAGAAUGAUAGUUCGGCCUUGGCAAAUACUAAAGAAGCCACCGUGCCUAUUUUGGAGUCCAAUACCAUGGCACAAAAUUCCUGUGAGCAUUCACAGAGUUUGAUAGGUGAAAACAACGAUUUUUCUAAAGAAACAGUAGCACAGGGUUCCGACCAAGACUUACCAAGCAAUUCCAGUGUUUCUAGAAAUUAUUUGCAAGAAAAUACUGCCCCUCCCACAUCUGAAUCUGAAGGGCAUGAUGAGAAGAAACCAAUUGAAUGCAUAGAUGCUUCCAAUAUCAGAGUAGUUAGUCAAGGUAGUUUACAAGUAACUACAGAUGAAUCAAAGGGAUCGGUCAGUUAAUUAUGACCUUGUCAUGUUCACAAUCCUCUGGAGGAUAAUAUCUCAUUUUUUAGUCCUGGCCGCUGUCUCUCCCAACAUAGAAGUUGGAAUUUGGAAAAAGUACAAAGCUGGUGUACGAUGCCAUGCAGUAGGUAAGACAAACAAGGAUCCUGAUAUAUAUGAACGAAGAUUUGUUGUUCUACCAUAAAAUAGAAAACAUGAAAGGAGGCACUUGAAGGCACUAAAAUAUAGCAAUGCAGAUAAACAAUCCUUCAGUCAAAAUGAUGACAAGCUAAAGUGUUGAUGAUGAGCUAUGCAAAACUUCCCUAUUUCUUGAAAAUUCUUUGCUUUGUAUAGCUAAAUUUUGGCAUAAACCAGUCACAGUUUUGGCAUCUGUGAUUCUGUUUUUAUCCUUUCUUUUUCUUGAUAUUUUAGAGGUGAGGUUGGUGUAGGAGCUCAGCUUAAACUGCUUGAUAUUUAAACUUAAAAUAUGGAACCGACAAAGCAGGUUGGUAGAAAGCAAUACACAAGUAAUUUCUGUGGAGGUGAAUCUUGUUACUUAUGCCUUAAGUGGAUUUUUGGAGAUUAAGGAUGAUAGAAUGCUGAAACAGCUUGGUAUGCAUGCGAACUGCCCAGCUGACAAGAUUUCACUUACUGGACCAAAUAUCUUUCUUUUUUUGUUCCUGUUAACAAUUGGUAGAAUUUACAUGUGCAAUCUGUAUCCUUUCGAAGUUCUGACAAGCUGCCGUAGCUCAGCAAUUCUGAUGAAACCUGGAAGCCAAAGCAUUUGCAGUCGCUACUCCAGUUGAUUCCUUUCAGUCUUUGGCCCCUGUUGUAAAAUGUGACGUAGUUGCAAGGUACAUGAUCAAUUUUUUUACCAAUCGAGAUAUCUUAUUAUAAUUUAAUUAGCAUUCA